CCUUAGCUGUAUCUGAAGAGGCAGGCGAGAGGCAGAAAAGGAGCUGACCCACCAGAAGCCUGGACAUGGCAGAGCCAGAGACGACAGACUGCCCGAGAACAGGAACCAUAGCUGCUGGAACUUCUUGGUGGCUGUGGGUUCUGGCAAUCCUGGUGGGACUUUCACCAGGGGUAAUACCCAAGCAUCACUGCCCGCAGGGACAGUACCAGGUGGAGCGAGGAUCAUGGUGCUGCCGACUAUGUAAUCCAGGCACAUUCCUAGUGAGGGACUGUGAUGAUGAUGGGAAGGAUCCUCACUGUAAAUCCUGUCUUCCUGGAUCCUCCUUCACCCCAGACCACCAUGCCCAGCGCCAAUGUGAGAGCUGUCGAAUCUGUAACGAUGGCUUUCCAAUUCAGCAAUGCAACAUCACUACCAAUACAGAGUGUGCCUGCCCCCAGGGACAACGGUGUCGAGAUAAGGAAUGUACCAACUGUGAUCCCCAACCUACAUACCUGCUGAGAACACCCCAGUAUCCCAUCAGAAGUACACAUCAACAUGCUGCAACUAUACACCAACAUCCUACCGACACCCACUCAAGUUACUACUCUGAGACGGCCGGCACACGUGCCCCAACAACAGCUGCCCAAAGCCCACCAGAAACAGCCCCAUCCAACCAGGUCACCAUUUACAUCCUCAUCUUCUGUGGAUUGAUUCUGACCAUCCUCAUACACGGGACUUGGCUUAUACUGAAAAAAAGAAAUCGCCAACUCAAAAAGGAACAAGACAAGAAAAAGCCAGUCAAGUUCUGCCUAACUGGAUUCAGAGAAGACCCAGGCCCCUGCUGUCCAAAGCAGGAGGAGGGGAGCACUGUGCCUAUCCAAGAAGAUUACCGAAAGCCUGACCCUGCCUCUUACCCCUAAACCACAUUUAGCCAAGGCGUUGACAGGACAGCAUUCUCCUCCACCAUGGCCUGGCUCCUGGCAUAACUACUAUGGGUGUAGGAGAUCUGAGGACACUCCCACUCAAUAGUGACACCUCCUAGGGGCCCUCGACACCACCCCCUGCCCAGGUGUCUUCCCCUCCCUUACCUAGGAACUUCAUUUGACUUUAGGGACAGUGGAGAAGGGUAUCUAGGGAACAGAAUAUAUAUUGGGGUGUGGUAGAGCUAAGGAAGAUUGUGGUGAGAAGCAGAGAGCAUUUGGUGCACCCUGGGGGCUCAGGUGGGUUCCUUUCUAGUAAGGUAGAGAGCUAAUAUACACAAAUAAAACUGAUGCACUUCUCUG